AUGGCGAUAAACGCAGACGCAACCCUGGACAUCCAGCGCCAAAUCGCCGACAUGAAGAGCAAAAUCGGCUCCCCGGUAUUCGACACGUACCAAACGUCUCUAACCGGGCGCUACUGCUCCAAGGAGAUGUCGCAGCUGUUCAGCCAGCGCUCGCGACACAGCACGUGGCGCAAGCUGUGGCUGUACCUUGCUGAGGCGGAGAAAGAGCUGGGCAUUGAGAACAUUAGCGAAGAGGCGCUGAAGGAGAUGAGAGAUCAUCUUGUGGUGACGGAUGAGGACUUUGAGGUUGCGAGGGUCGAGGAAAAGAAGAGGAGGCAUGAUGUUAUGGCGCAUGUGCAUGCGUUUGGACAGGUUGCGCCGAAGGCGGCGGGGAUUAUACAUUAUGGGGCGACGAGCUGCUAUGUCACCGACAACGCUGAGCUCAUCCUCAUGCGCGAUGCCAUGGAUCUCCUCCUCCCCAAACUCGCAAAGGUCCUCUCCAACCUAUCCGCGUUUGCUAUGCAAUGGAAGUCCGAACCCACCCUCGCCUACACCCAUCUUCAGCCAGCUCAACUCAUCACCGUCGGCAAGCGCGCCGCCCAAUGGGCCCAGGACCUCCUCUUUGACCUCGAAGCCAUAGAGCACGUCCGUCAAGGCCUUCAGUUCCGCGGUGCACAAGGAACCACUGGAACCCAAGCCUCCUUCCUCGAGAUCUUUAGCGGCGACUCCAAGAAGUGCGACCAGCUCAACGAGCUGCUGUGCAAAAAGACUGGCUUCCCAUCGUGCUACCCCAUCUCUACGCAGACGUACACCCGCAAAGUCGACCUGCUAAUCGCCUCCGCCAUCUCCGGACUCGGCGCAACCGCACAAAAGAUCUCUGGCGACAUCCGCCAUCUCGCCGCAUGGAAAGAAGUCGAAGAGCCCUUUGAAAAAGACCAAAUCGGCAGCUCUGCCAUGGCAUACAAGCGCAACCCCAUGCGCAGCGAGCGCAUCUACUCGCUCUCGCGCGAACUCAUGUCCAAGCCCGCAAGUUUCGCCAACACGCUCUCAGACCAAUGGAUGGAGCGCACGCUCGACGACAGCGCCAUCCGCCGCAUCGACAUCCCCGAAAUGUUCCUGCUCGCCGACGCCAUCCUGCUCUCUCUCGACAACGUCACUUCAGGCCUAGUCGUGUACCCCAAGCGCGUGGACGCACGCGUCCAGGAAGAACUGCCCUUCAUGAUCACCGAGAGCAUCAUCAUGCGGCUCGUGGCGAAGGGCGAGAGUCGCCAGGAAGCGCACGAGCAGAUCCGCGUGCUGUCACACGAGGCGGGCAGUCAGGUGAAGAACGAGGGCAAGAGCAAUGAUCUCGUCGACAGAAUACGCACGACGGAGUUCUUCAAGCCGAUUUGGGCUGAUUUGGACGGCAUGCUGGAUGCGACUUUGUACACGGGCCGCAGUGCGGAAAUCGUGGAGAAGUUCUGCGGGAAGGGAGGCGAGUUGGAUAGUAAGCUCGCCAAGUACAGGGAAUAUAUUGCAAAGGCGGGCGUGGCGGAACUCAAUGUGUAG